AUGUUUGAAAAUCCUACUGAUCGUAGUACAUUUUGGCAUUGUGCUAAUGGCAUUAACUAUUUAAAAAAUUGUCCAUCACCUUUAGUUUGGUCGCAAGCAAUACAAGCAUGUACUUGGAAUGUAGAAGAACCAUCAACAACAAUAGCACCAACGAUAGCAUCAACAGAUAUUGUAUCAACAACUAUCACAACACCAAGUUCUCUUCCUCCACAAUGCUUGAACUACACGUCAAUUACGGAUGGUACUCGUCGAACAACUAACACAUAUAUUCUUGCUGAAACUGAUAAUACAUAUUUCAGUAAAACACGCACUUGGGUUCGAUUUGAAGGUGAUGCGGGUACUCGUAUUGCUGAAUCUACUGUUCCGUCUAAUCGUUGCGGAUCAGAAGGUGCUGGAUGGUUAAAACAUCCACAGGAACCAGAAAUCGGUGAGACAGUGACCCAAACGGCUUGUUUCAAUAUGCUUGGAAUGAGCUGUAUUUGGCCUGUGAAGAUUCCCAUGACCAACUGUGAUGGUUUCUUUGUCUAUGGGCUUGUUGCUCCAGCUCCUUCUAAUGCUCGUUAUUGCACUAUCUAA